AUGAAUACCUCUGACCAUGGGGAAAACUCAGAUGGCGAAAUGCUUGAGAGAGGUAAGUACAAACCAUUUAAUAUUCCACUGUUAUUGCAACUAUUCACUUCCAAACUGUUUGGAUUUAGCAACAGCUAAAGUGGGGAAAUCUAAUCAAGCUGUAUAUUGGAAAUAACAUAACAUUGAUUUGAAAUGUUUGUUUUCUGCAGAGCGAGAACCCAUUCAAGACAUCAAGACAGAGACAGAUGAAUGUACUAUUAGUGAGAAAACUGAAGGACCCCGAAGAUGGUACCUUGGAACUAGUGAGGCCACCAGGAAACGUACUGCCAAGGACAUGGGCUGUGACGCUCACAAUUCUGAAUUGCAGCGGUCUAACAGCAGCAAAAGAGUCAGGGUCUCUAGUGAGGUAAAUUAAUGAAAUGGCUUAAUCAAUGAUUAUGGCUAACUGAACUUGGUAAAUAGACAAAUGUCAUCAAAUAGACAUAGGCCUAUCUAUUUAUUUAGCUUGCUUAUUCCAGUUUUUAUUUACAUGACAUUGAAAAGACAAAUAGUUUUUUUAUUUGAGAUAAGAAAUGCAUGUUGUUGUUGUCUCUGUGUAGGCAGGCCGGCGCUUGCUGAGGAGAUUGUCUGAAGAGUCCACGAGGCCUCAACCCCUCUGCCUGACAUCUGCGGAGAAGGACCCUGCCCAGGAGAAGACUAUAGCCUCUUACAGGAAGCCUCUCUACAGCAUCUCUCACAGAAUCACAGAGAAGAAGCACACAUCAAGCCUGGACCAGCAGGCUCAGCAUGAGGGAGGAGUGCGGCUAAGCUAUAGCAAUCUCUUAUCCCCUCAACUGGUCAAUACAGGGGAGCACAGCCAAAGUGAACCCCUCUCUGCCCUGGGGACGGCAGGGUCCAUGUCUUCAACAGACUCUAAUCUAUACUCCCUCAUCGAGAAGAUGUUUUUCAUCCUCAAUACGCUCAACUCAAGCAUGACCCAACUGCACAGCAAGGUGGAUCUACUUUCCCUGGAAGUCACUCGCAUCAAAAAACAGAUCAAACCCUCAGAGAUGGCAACUGAGUUCCAGCCUCCGCCAGAAUACCUGUUGACAAGUGAGGAGCUGAGUCAACUGAUGGAGCAGACAUCAAAUGCUGGGGAGUUGGGUUGUCGACUGCUAGUACACCUCUUCCCAGAACUUUUUAAAGCCAAGGAGUGCACUCCUGGUAGUAUUGCCAACAAGAGAACAUUGGAUUCCCUACAGCUGCAGCUAAUACGCAACUAUGUGAAGGUGUGUUUUCCUCUGGUAAAGAACAACAACAUUUGGCAGGAUGAAUGCCUAUUACAGAUUAAUAACUUCUUUAACCGCUUCUGGGCUCAGAAGGAUAUGGAGAGCGGGCCACAGUCAUGUGGUAGACACACUAUUAUAGGCUUAGGUUUAAAAGCUGAGCGGAACCAGCCCUGCCAUUUUAUAAAUGAGGGGCAAGAAGUGCACCUUGAGUUACACUCCAAUAGUGACCACACCAACAAUAAAGUAGUAGUGCCAGACCUUGUGUUUGACACUCAGGAGCUUGGAGAGGAUCUUGAUGAGCUCUCCUCCCCUGAAGAUUUUAUGUUUCUUGUAAACAGACUUUUCCCAGAGGUUUUUGAGCAGGGGAAAUUGCCAGAGGGUAGUGUGGGAAAGAUGAUCCUGGACUCGGACAGGAUAGAGAUUAUCCGUAAAUACAUGGAAGCAAAUUUUCCUGACGUCCCAGAGGAUAGUUGGCUGCAGGUGUGUGUGCAGCGCAUAGAAGAUGCAAUAGAGGGUUAUCACAGUAACGGCAAUGGCAGUGAGCCUGAGAACAUGAAUGAUGAGAGCUAUGACUCCACAGGCCUCCCUGAUGAUGUCUCUAUCAUCAAGAUCAGUGACUUGUGUGACUACGAGAGACCAGGUCGUAGGUCAAAAAAGUCCUUGCUUGUGCCAGUCGAUUUUGAACAACUUGAGAUCCCCCUACCAGAUCUGAGUGUGCCUCAAGAGUAUCUGCUCUCUAGGGAGCAACUGAGGAACAACUAUGAAUGUAGCUUGUCAAUUGGGAACUUUGCCUCUCGCCUCUUAGUACUUAUUUUCCCUGAGCUCUUCACCUACGAGAACACACGGAAGCAUUACAACUGUAGUGGCUCUCUCGGGAAGAAGCAGCUUGAUCCUGUACGGGUCAACCUUAUUCGCCACUACGUACAGCUACUAUAUCCACAGGCCAAGAAUGACAGAGUGUGGACCCUGGAAUUUGUGGGUAAACUGGACGAGCUGUGCAGGCGACGAGACACGGAACAACGGCGGUCAUACCAGCAGCAACCCAAAGUCUAUGCUCCUGAGUUGGAGCAAGAGCCUGUGGACUUUGUGGCUGCUUGCCAAGUGAACCAGCUCAAAACAGAGCACUUGAAAGAGGACUUUGAGAUCCCUCCACUACCCCCUGAAAAAAGUAGCAAAGACUUCUGCAUGAUCCCCCUGGAGGAAUUGACGGUGUCGAUUCCAGACUUCACAGUGCCUUUGGUCUACUUGCUCUCAGACACUGAGGUGCGAGAGAUUGUCCAGCAGAGCCUUUCUGUGGGAAACUUUGCCGCCCGCCUACUGGUGCGCCUCUUCCCUGAGCUCUUCACUCAGGAGAACCUGCGGCUUCAGUAUAACCACUCGGGCGCCUGCAAUAAGAAGCAGCUGGAUCCUGUGCGUCUCAGGCUCAUCCGCCACUAUGUAGAAGCCGUGUACCCAGUUGAGAAGAUGGAGGAGGUCUGGCAUUAUGAAUGUGUGCCAAGCAUAGAUGAGCGAUGCCGGCGGCCCAACCGCAAGAAGUGUGACAUACUGAAGAAGGCCAAGAGAUCAAAUACUGUGUCCUAG